UUCGAUGUACAAAUUGGUUGACACUUGACACGCAUUAUUAUUUUCUCUCUCAAAUCACAUGCGCCCACACCUGCUGUUUGUUUGCAACACUAUAAAUAUAAGGGUUUCCAAGUUCAAGAAACUCGCCUUCAGUGCCUAUUUAGAUCAUUUCUUUGCACAACCCUAAAAGUUUUCUCUGCUUCAGUAGAGAGAGAGAGGAAGAGAGGGAGAGAGAUGGCAAGGGCUUUCGAGCCUCUGACAGUUGGGAGAGUGAUUGGGGAUGUGAUCGACCCAUUCACUCCAAACAUAAGAAUGAGUGUGAAAUACGAUGGGAAGCAAGUGAAUAAUGGGCAUGAGAUCUACCCUUCCUCAGUUGCCGCCAGACCUAGGGUUGAGAUUCAUGAGGGUGACAUGAGGUCCUUCUUCACUCUGGUCAUGACAGAUCCAGAUGUUCCGGGUCCGAGUGAUCCUUACUUGAGAGAGCACCUUCACUGGAUUGUCACUAAUAUUCCUGGUACUACGGAUGCAACAUUCGGAAGGGAAGUGGUGAGCUACGAGAUCCCGAGGCCUAACAUAGGGAUCCACCGGUUUGUCUUCAUCCUCUUCAGACAAAAACAGCGACAGCAAAUAAGCCAGCCUUCUUCGAGAGAUUGCUUUAGCACCCGCAACUUUGCCGCUGAGAACGACCUCGACCUUCCGGUUGCAGCUGUUUACUUCAACGCCCAGAGGGAAACCGCCGCAAGAAGACGCUGAUCUGAACACCCUCCCUCUCUCCCCUCCACCCCACCCCCACACCCCCCCCUCUCUCUCUCUCUCUCUCUCUCUCUCUCAUUCGCACUUCAAAAUCAGUCCAGGGAUCUUGUUGUAACACAAAUAACCAAGAGAACUGAACUUUCUCUCCCUCUAUUUUUAUGUUGUUACCUGUUAAAGUCUGCCAUGGUUGUCUUUCCAUCCAAAGACAAUGGAUUUGUGACUGAUUAUUUCCAGAUUUGAGCAUGUCAAAACUGCUCUCUCUC